CCACCGCCGGAGAGCGGUGGCUCAGUUCCCGCUGCCCCGGCAGCCGCCCUCUUCCCUAACGGCCCUCGGGUCAGCUCUGCGCCUCCCCCAGCUCCUCAGGAGUUAAUCCCCCUCGCCGCCCGCUUGCUGCCCGGUGCCAAAGUGGGUGUUGCUGGAAUUCCUCUCUCCGUCUCCCGUAAUGAGGGGGCUGAGCUGUCCCUCCGAGGAGGGGGCAUGGUGUGGAUAAAAGAGACGAAGAAACCGGGAGGUUUCCAAAAAUAAAACUCUCCGGUUCCGCUUCAAAAGGCUACAGUGAGCUGGGAGAAGGCGCGAAGGUGCAGCCUCUCUCCGCGCCCAGCUGGAGACCCAGAGCGGACGCGAGGCGCAGACCCCGGCGGUUACACCGCCCAGCCCUCGCUCCGGGGAGAGCCGCUGUCGGCUGAUUCCGGGCCUCCCUAGACGCGGAGCGCAGCCCGCCGGCAGCUCCGGUGCGCCGACUGAAAGCCGGGGGUGAUUCCCCGCGCGCGCCGCUCCCCCGCCACCCCCGGCGCCAUGAGGCCGCCGCCCGCCGCCCGCCGCCCAGUGUGCGCCCUGCGGAACCCCUGGAAGGGUUUCCUGCCUCUCUCCCUGGUUCUCUUCGUGGGCAUGGGUCAUGCCCAGAGAGACUCCGUGGGGAGAUACGAGCCGGCUGGCAGGGACGCGAAUCGGCUGCGGCGCCCUGGGGACAGCUACCCCGCGGCGCCCGGAGCCAAGAUGUACAGUCUGUUCCGGGAGCAGGACGCGCCAGUCCCGGGCUUGCCGCCCACGGAGCGGACUCAGCCGGGCAGGGGGAGCCCCAGAAGUCCGACUGAGGUGGGGACCAGGAGGCCGCCCCGCGCGCAGCAGCCGCGCCGAUUCCAGCCACCUGCGCAGAUGUGGAGAGGCAGUCCCCUGGGCCAGCAAGAGCCCGCACCCCGCGCCCGGGCCGCCACGGUUCUGCCGCGCCUGAGGACCCCGCCGAGGCCCGGGACUGCGUCCCCAAACCCGCCGCGAGGGCGGCUCACAGGGAGGAACGUCUGCGGGGGAAAGUGCUGCCCAGGAUGGACGACAGCGAACAGCACCAACCACUGUAUCAAACCCGUGUGCCAGCCUCCGUGCCAGAACAGGGGCUCCUGCAGCCGGCCCCAGCUCUGCGUCUGCCGCUCCGGCUUCCGUGGAGCCCGCUGCGAGGAGGUCAUUCCUGAGGAGGAAUUCGACCCCCAGAACUCCAGGCCGGUACCCCGACGCUCAGCCCAAGUUUCACCCAACCUGCGCAGGAGCAGCGCGCCCAGAGAAGGUGCUGUGGCUGGAACACGGCCACUGGCCCCACAGCUGCCACCGGCCACACAGCUGCCACUGCCCAGGACCCUGAGUGGGCUCAGCCAGACCCUCCCUUCCCAGCAGCACGUGGGGCUGUCUCGGACCGUCCGACGUUACCCGGCUGCUGCUGCCAGUGGCCAGCUGACCUCCAAUGCCCUGCCCUCAGGACCAGUCCCUGAGCAAAGAGACAGCCCCCAGCAAGCAGCACAUCUGGACUACCUUUCGUCUCCCUGGGGGCUGAACCUCACGGAGAAAAUCAAGAAGAUCAAGAUCGUCUUCACUCCCACCAUCUGCAAGCAGACCUGUGCCCAUGGGCACUGUGCCAACAGCUGUGAGCGUGGCGACACCACCACCCUGUACAGCCAGGGUGGCCACGGGCAUGACCCCAAGACUGGCUUCCGCAUCUAUUUCUGCCAGAUCCCCUGCCUGAACGGAGGCCGCUGCAUCGGCAGGGAUGAGUGCUGGUGUCCCACCAACGCCACCGGCAAGUUCUGCCACCUGCCUGCACCGCAGCCUUCAGAGAGGGGCUCCCGCCAUGGGGCUCUGCUGGAAGGCCCCCUGAAGCAGUCCACCUUCACGUUGCCUCUCUCCAACCAGCUGGCCUCCAUGAACCCCUCCUUGGUGAAUGUGCACAUUCGGCACCCGCCUGAGGCCUCCGUGCAGAUCCACCAGGUGGCACGGGUGCGGGGCGAGGCUGAGGCAGCCCGGGAGGAGAACAGCGUGGAGACCCGACCCGCGCCCCGGCUCCCCACCAGCCCCGGCCACCGCCAUUGGGACAGCAACAGCAUCCCCGCUCGGUCAGCAGAGCCCCCACGGCCACGGCCCCCAGCGGCACCCAGGCCUCAGGGCCUGCUGGGAAGGUGCUACCUGAGUUCUGUGAAUGGGCAGUGUGCAAACCCGCUGCUGGAGCUGACUGCCCAAGAGGACUGCUGUGGCAGCGUGGGAGCCUUCUGGGGGGUGACCUCAUGUGCCCCAUGCCCACGCAGACCAGCCUUCCCAGUGAUUGAAAAUGGCCAGGUGGAGUGUCCCCAGGGGUACAAGAGACUGAACCUCACUCACUGCCAAGAUAUCAACGAGUGUGCAGCCCUGGGCCUCUGCCAGGACUCGGAGUGUGUGAACACCAGGGGCAGCUACCUCUGCACGUGCAGACCUGGCCUCAUGCUGGACCCGUCACGGAGCCGCUGCGUGUCGGACAAGGCCAUCUCCAUGCAGCAGGGACUGUGCUACCGCGCGCUGGGGCCUGGCGCCUGCACCCUGCCUUUGGCCCAGCAGAUCACCAAGCAGAUCUGCUGCUGCAGCCGUGUGGGCAAAGCUUGGGGCACCAAGUGUGAGAAAUGCCCCCUGCCUGGCACAGAGGCCUUCAGGGAAAUCUGCCCUGCUGGCCACGGCUACACCUACUCGAGCUCAGACAUCCGCCUGUCCAUGAGGAAAGCCGAGGAGGAGGAACUGGCCAGGCCCUCCAGGGAGCAAGGGCAGAAGAGCAAUGCAAGCCUGCCCAGGCCAGCGGAGAGGCAGCCACUCCGGGCGGCCACUGAGACCUGGCUGGAGGCCGGGACCAUCCCUGACGAGGGUGAUUCUCAGGCAGCUGGUCAGGUCACGGCCAUUGCCACCCAUGUACCUGCCCAGGUCCCAGGUGAUGCCAUUGGAAGGCCAACUCCCCCAGUGCCUGGACAGGUGACUCCGGAGACCCAUGAAGAAGAGCAAGUGACACCGGCUGCUGAGGUGCUGGUGACCCUGGGCCCCCCAGGCAUUGAUCGGUGUGCCGCAGAAGCCGCCAACAUCUGUGGCCCUGGAACCUGUGUGAGCCUCCCAGAUGGAUACAGAUGCAUCUGUAGUCCUGGCUACCGGCUGCACCCAAGCCAGGCCUACUGCACGGAUGAUAACGAGUGUCUCAGGGACCCCUGUGCGGGGAGAGGGCGCUGUGUCAACCGCGUGGGCUCCUACUCCUGCUUCUGCUACCCCGGCUACGUGCUGGUCACUUCGGGGGCCACGCAGGAGUGCCAAGAUAUAGACGAGUGUGAGCAGCCAGGGGUGUGCACAGGGGGGCAGUGCACCAACACGGAGGGUUCAUACCACUGCACGUGUGACGAGGGCUACAUCAUGGUCAGGAAGGGGCACUGCCAAGAUAUCAACGAAUGCCAUCAUCCUGGCACCUGCCCUGAUGGGAGAUGCGUCAACUCCCCCGGCUCCUACACUUGCCUGGCCUGUGAGGAGGGCUACAGGGGCCAGAGCGGGAACUGUGUAGAUGUGAAUGAGUGUCUGACCCCAGGAGUCUGUGCCCAAGGAAGGUGCAUCAACCUGGACGGCUCCUUUAGAUGCUCCUGUGGACAGGGCUAUGAAGUCACCUCAGACGAGAAGGGCUGCCAAGAUGUCGAUGAGUGUGCCAGCCGGGCCUCGUGCCCUACCGGCCUCUGUGUCAACACCGAGGGCUCCUUCAACUGCUCGGCCUGCGACAGCGGGUACUGGGUGAAUGAAGACGGCACUGCAUGUGAAGACUUAGAUGAGUGCGCCUUUCCUGGAGUCUGCCCCUUGGGUGUCUGCACCAACACUGUCGGCUCCUUCUCCUGCAAGGACUGUGAGGAGGGCUUCCAGCCCAGCCUGCGAGGCCAGACCUGUGAAGACGUGGAUGAAUGUGAAGACCCCCAGAGCAGCUGCCUGGGAGGCGAGUGCAGGAACCUGGCCGGCUCCUACCAGUGCAUCUGCCCCCAGGGAUUCCAGUUGGUCAAUGGCACCGUGUGUGAGGACGUGGACGAGUGCAUGGGGGAACAGUACUGCGCGCCCCGCGGCGAAUGCCUCAACAGCCACGGGUCCUUCUUCUGCCUCUGCGCACCCGGCUUUGCCAGUGCAGAGGGGGGCACCAGCUGCCAGGAUGUGGACGAGUGUGCAGCCACAGACCCGUGUUUGGGAGGGCACUGCAUCAACACCGAGGGCUCCUUCAACUGUCUGUGUGAGACUGGCUUCCAGCCCUCCCCAGAUGGCGGGGCGUGUGUGGACGUGGACGAGUGUGAGGACCACGGAACCUCGGUGUGCGGGGCCUGGAGGUGUGAGAACAGCCCUGGCUCCUACCACUGUGUGCUGAGCUGCCAGCCUGGCUUCCACAUGACCCCGACUGGGGACUGCAUUGACAUAGACGAGUGUGCCAACGACACUGUGUGUGGGAGCCACGGCUACUGCGACAACACCGAUGGCUCCUUCCGCUGCCUCUGUGACCAGGGCUUCGAGACCUCGCCCUCGGGCUGGGACUGUGUUGACGUGAACGAGUGUGAGCUCCUGCUGGCGGUGUGCGGGGCCGCGCUCUGUGAGAACGUGGAGGGCUCCUUCCUGUGCCUGUGCGCCAGCGACCUGGAGGAGUACGACGCUCGGGAGGGGCGCUGCCGCCCGCGCGGGGCUGGAGGUCAGAGUGUCGCUGAGGCCCCGACAGGGGACCAGGCCCCUGGCCCCGUCCGUGGGGAGUGCUACUCUGGGCAGAACAGGCAGCCACCCUGCUCUGGCCUCCUGGGCCGGAACACCACGCGGGCAGAGUGCUGCUGUACCCAAGGCAUUGGCUGGGGAGAUACCUGUGACCUCUGCCCAUCUGAAGACUCAGUGGAAUUCAGCGAGAUCUGCCCUAGUGGAAAAGGCUACAUCCCUGUGGAAGGAGCCUGGAUGUUUGGACAGACCACGUACACAGAUGCUGACGAGUGUGUGCUGUUCGGGCCUGAUCUCUGCCUGAAUGGCCAGUGCCUCAACACGGUGCCUGGCUACAUCUGCCUGUGUGAUCCUGGGUACCACUACGAUGCCUCCCGCAAGAAGUGUGAGGAUCACAAUGAGUGCCAGGACAUGGCCUGUGAGAAUGGUGAGUGUGUGAAUACGGAAGGCUCUUUCCACUGCUUCUGCAGCCCUCCCCUCCUCCUGGACCCCAGCUGGCAGCGCUGUGUGAACAGCACCAGUGCAGAUGACAUCCCUGACCACGACAUCCACAUGGACAUCUGCUGGAAAAAAGUCACCAAUUACGUGUGCAGCCAACCCCUGCACGGACGCCGCACCACCUACACAGAAUGCUGCUGUCAGGAUGGCGAGGCCUGGAGCCAGCAGUGUGCUCUGUGCCCCCCCAGGAGCUCUGAGGUCUAUGCUCAGCUGUGCAACGUGGCCCGGAUCGAGGCGGAACGGGAGGCCGGGGUCCACUUCCGGCCAGGCUAUGAGUAUGGCCCUGGGCCUGACGACCUGCACUACAGCCCCUAUGGCCCCGAUGGGGCCCCUUUCUACAACUACCUGGGCCCUGAGGACACCGUCCCUGAGCUGCCCUACGCCAACACAGCCAGCCACCCAGGGAACCGCUCACCUGUCCUUGAGUCUCCCUUGCAGCCUUCAGAACCCCAGCCCCACUAUGUGGCCAGUCAUCCAGAGCACCAAGCUGGUUUCGAAGGGCUUCAAGCAGAGGAGUGCGGCAUCCUGAAUGGCUGUGAGAAUGGCCGCUGUGUGCGUGUGCAGGAGGGCUACACUUGCGACUGCUUUGAGGGCUUCCAGCUGGAUAUGGCCCACAUGGCCUGUGUGGACGUGAAUGAGUGUGAUGACUUGAAUGGGCCUGCUGCACUCUGCGCCCACGGUCACUGUGAGAACACAGAGGGCUCCUACCGCUGCCACUGUUCCCCAGGUUAUGUGGCCGAGGCCGGCCCUCCACACUGCGCCACCAAGGAGUAGCAGUGAGGUGUGUGGGCAGCUACGUGGAAAUGGCCCCAGCUCCAGGCAGGAGCCUUGGGGAUGCUGUCCUAGCUGGGAAGACACCAUGAUGUCAUCAGGCAGGAGGCACUGCAGCCCAUCCCCCAGCCAGCCUUACCUGCCUUUCACCUCUCACAGCUCAGGCUCUGGCCGUGAGCUUCUGGCACCGUCUCCAUGCUGCCAUGUCCUUGCUUGGCUCAAGCAAGACCAAAUGCUUUAAUGCUUCAGCCACUGGCCAUGAGACCCAGUCUACCACCUGUGCUGGCCUUGCUAUGGAAUGCUUACCCAAGGAUGGCCCUCACCUCCACCCCCUCAUACUCUGCAAACUCGCAAGGUCCUUCAGCCUCACACUUUCCAGCCAUGAUCACAUAUCAUCCUGAGGAUUCCACAACUGGGACAGAGGCUACGUCUGCACUGGGAUGGUCCUUCAGAAUCUGUGGAGCAAGAAAGCGUUAGGGGCAGGUUUGGGAGUAACCUCAGUAUCUCCUCCCAAGAACCAUCAUUGCCACUCAGCCACUGACCUGGGCCCUGCUUUUGCCACAUCUCCAUCAUGUAGCCAGUUCAGUGGCCUCAGGGAGGGGCAGAAGAUCCCCUCAUCUCAGAGAAGCAAGACUGAUACUAGCUUGCCAAGUGUAAGAGACACAAAUGAAGAAGAGCAAAGAGCCCAAGAAAACAGCAAGAGGGCACUAUAAAAAGUAUGGGAGUCACUAAGAAAGGGGGAGCCAGGGUUUAUACAGGUCUAAGAAAAUACUCAGCAGCUUCAGGUAAAAAUCAUUCAAAAUCCACCUGGCUGUAGCCCCUGUGUGCCAGGAACGAGGGCUGCCACAAGACACGGCGCCCACCUCCAAAGACCUUUAUUCAGUACAUACCUUCAUGCCUGUGCUCUCCUACUGGGAAACCAGUUUGAUGUGCUAAAAACAAAAAGGUCUCUUUUCUAGCUUAUGAAAUAUGUUGUGGUCUUGUUCAGGGGAAGGCAAAUUUCCAAUGUUGUUUUUCCCCUCCAUUCAGAAGCCCCUGCCCUCUUCCCUUCGUGGAAUGGCUGGCUGGCAUCCCUGAGUUUACAAGUAGAGACUCAGCUCCAACCCAUGUGAGCUGGGGGUUGAGAACCAUGGCAGAAUAAAGACAUGUACAUCUGGGUUUUACUAAUCUUGUUUUAUUUCAUAUUAAACCAAUUUACCAAUUUGGCUAAGUAUAAAUAUUAGAGAUGAGGCUGUGCCUAUCCCCUCACCAGCUCUGCUGAUAUUGAGAUCCAUGGAAAAAGCUUCUUUACUAUUCCAAGACCAAGGAAAGCUCUGACUUUGCAUUUCUCUGAUGAACGGCAGGUAAAUGAAGAAGGCUCCGUGUGAAUGGAGACACGGAGAUGAGCGCAUUCUUAACUUAAGCACAUUCUUAACUUAAUCUGGACUGUCCUACCAGCUGCUCUGAUUGUCAGCCAUCCCCUAAUAAUUUAUUGAAUGCUUGCUACAUGCCAGGCACUGUUUUGUGUGCUGUACAUAAACUUCAUUUAAUCAUUCAACAACCCUACUAUUUUUAUUCCCAAUUUAUAGAUAAAGAAACUGAGACACAGGAAGAUUAUAAAGAUUAAAUCAUGCUCUAGGUCGAGAUGCUUUCAGCAAACAAAAAUAAAUGGCUCAUAAAAUAUUGACCUUCAUUCAUAAUAAAGUUAAAGCCACACUGAAAUGCUGUUUUUUAACUAUUAGAUUGGCAAAAAUCAAAACGUUUGAUAAGACUCCUAUUUGGCAAGCAUCUGGGAAAAGAGACACUCAUACAUACAUAGCUAGCUGAUGGGAGUAUAAACUGGUACAAACUCUGAAGAGGACAAUUCCUUUCAGAAUUACAAAAGCACUUACUCUUUGAUCCAGUAAUUCCACUUUUAGGAAUUCUCACCAAGUGUGAAAUGACACAUGUAAGAGGUUAUUUAUUACAGCAUUAUUUGUAAUAGCAAAAGAUUGAAAAGAAUAAAUUGCUACGGAGUCCUAAAAAACAAAAAGCUGCUCUAAAUACUUUGUAGGAAAGAUAUCCAAAAUAGAUUAAGGGAAAAACGGAAGGUAUAUAACAGAGUGUAACAUAUGCUGCUAUUUGUCUAAAGGGAAAAGAGAAGUGGAUAUCUGUUAACUUCAUCCUUGCCUCUCCACCUUACACCCCAAAAUUCAGAGAAAUUAUCAUUCCCCAGAUAUAUAUCCUUCCCGUUCUGGGCAUCGUUCCUUCCAAAAUGCUGUUUCCAAUGCCCGCCCCCAGCCCCCACCUUCCUGCUCACCCUUCCAGAGGUACUGCAUGCAUACACACAGAUUUUCUUUUAUUGAAAACACAGAUGAUAGUAUAGUAUACAUACUGUUCUGGAUUUUGCUUUUUCACUUUAUACUUGCACAUGUCCAUUGAAUGGAUAAUUUAAUCCAUUUAAAUUUAAUUAAAUUUAAUCUAUUUAAUCAGCACCCUAAUGAUGGAUCUUUCCAUUGUUUCACACUUUUUUGCUACCACAAAUUAUGCUGUAAUGGGUAUUCCUAUACAUACAUUAUUUUACAUUAUAUGUAUGGGAUUACAUCUGUGGGAUAAACUCUUAAAAACAAUGGUGGUUUGUGGGGAGGGUGAGUGGGUAGAUGGGGACAGGAUUGGAAGACUUCACUGUAUUCCCCUCUGCAUCUUUUUGAAUUUUGUAACAUAUGUAUACGUUUUCAAAAAAAUAAAAUAUUUUUAAAUACAGCAGCUGGUCACAAACUACUUAGAUGCUCCCUCUCUUUAUGUAUUUGCCCGACUUUAUUUUACAAUUAAAGUGAGGUGAUAAUUAUUUUAAAACAUCUUAGAGCAAACCUUGUUUCAAACAGCCCUGAGCAUUUUUGUGAAGAAUGAAGGGCAAAUAGGGAUUUUUAAAAGAGCAAUCGUAAACGUCAAUGCUAGGUACCUUGCAUGCACAACCAUGGUAGUACUGCAGUGGACGGGCGUUCAGCCCUGCCCAAUGCCAGCUGCAUAACAUCAGCUUGGGGCUAGGGUUGAAGGGAGGGCUCAACAUCCAGAAGGAUCAGCCACCAUCAGUGCUGCCCACUUCGCUGUACCAGGAUGCUCCUGCCAAAUACUUACCCUCCACUCUGAUGCUUCAUAAUAAAAGACCAAAAGAAAAGGGUUCAAUUCUCAUAAGAAAGUGAGAGGGGGAAGAGUCUAUCUUCCUACUAGUCCUUCCUAAUCCCUUAAUUGUGAAACUCCUUUCUCCUAAUCCUUUGUAAUUAGUCAACAUUCCCACACAAAAAAUUGUUAUGGGAAACCAAGGUGGGUGGGAUACAUACCUCACAUACCACUACUUACUAUCACCACAUAACUCAAGAGUGUGAUUCAACAAUGACUAAGAAGCCCACUAUUGGAGCCCCCAACAUAAAGCUGAUUCACAACAUUAAGCAGAUUCGGGGCUCCCUGUCUUUGAUUCUUACACUAUUACAUUUUGCAAAAGCAAAGGUAUGUUGCCACAGACACUGGCUUGCAUAUAAAGUUAAAUAAAAUGAAUUCUGCAACAAAUAAAGCCUUGAAAACCUCCCCUCAAAAGUAAUGGGAAGCAAAAGAUCUUCCCAUUACUACUGGAAGAGCACAAAGUUUUCCUAAAUGAAUGUUCAUAGUGAAUAAAAUUUGUGAAAACAUCCACUGGCUUUUAUGGCCUCCCAGGAAAAGGACAUAAGGUCAGAAAGGGCCUCCAAAAGAUGCUAAAACCAUUUCACCAAUUACUGUUUAUUGCAAGCAAACUGCCCAAGGUCUCCUUGGUGCUAUCAUUCCAGGUCCUGUGUCCUGAAAAUAUCUACAUCACCUGCUCACCCUCCAACAGAAACUUCUUUUACCACUUCAGGUUUCCCCAAGAGGCUUUCUCAGUGUGAUGAAGUAAUGUGAUUUCUCCCAAACCCACCCUUUAUAAGACAACAUUCCAAUUCUCCCAUUGGAAUGGUACCCACAUUUAGGUUUUUUCAUUCUAAGGGACUGUUUCUGCCUAGCUCACCACUGCAAUUUAAUUAUUUACUGAACUAAAGCUAUUCUGAAUGUGCUCAGUAGGAGGUGUAAAAUCACCAAAUCAAUAAAUAAUCCACAAAAACCAAAUCUGGAAGAAUAGGUUCUAACAUUCAGAAUGUAGCAAAACCUCUUUUCAAGGAGGAUGAACGAACUUGUUCUGAGCUGAAAAUCUUAAACCCAGGCAUUGGCAGCAAAAUCAGUGUAUUAGUAACUUUACAUGCAGAUGCUUCCAUGGUCUGCUGCUUUCUGCCUUUGGUUUCUGAGUGUCCCCUUCUUUCCUCUAAUAACAUCAAAGGUUUGCUUUCUCUAAGUCUUAGGUUUUCCCACAUUGGAAAUGUGAAGCAUCUGUCUCAGAUACUUUGUCUCUAAGUUGUCUAAUUCCAUUAUUUAAAAUGGUAAAUUGUCUUACAGAACGAUCUCAAUUCCAAUACAGCCUAGAAAUGCAAGUUUUUGCUAUAAUGAACUUUCAGGCUCCUGAGCCGAGAUUUAACCAAUAUCUCCUCCAGAAUCAAUUUGGUUGUAGUUUGCUCAACAUUUGCAGUAAUAAAUCAUUUUGUUGUU